UUUGCCCCUGAUUCCGGCGGUCAUGUGAACAGCCGCCACAAUGCGGUGCUAACCCAUAAUCCCAUUUUCGACCCCGGUUUCAAAUCGCUACUCCUUCGGUUGUGCCAAAAAUCAGACAAAAAGUGCUCCGAGUGGUGACCCAAAACAAAUGUGUCGCAGUAACAGCUGGAGUGGCAGCAACGGUAACUGCUGCACUUUAUAGUGCGACAUCGGGCUUUAUUUCUUCUAAGCUCCCAGAACAGUCCGCUAAUAGCCAACAAAGCGAGCAUAACGGCCAGAGAAAUGGCUUUGCAGCAGCAGCAUCAGCAACACCAGCAACACAUCAAGUGGCAGCAACAUGCAACAAAGCGACGACGCUGCCGUCAACAUUGGAUUAAACAUCUUCAGCUUCUGGGCCUUCUGGCUGUCAUCGCCAUCCUGGCCACCCCCUGCCACGCCCAGCAGCAGAAGUUCCGGACCACGCCGCACGACCUGCAGGUCCUCGAAGGAGCCGAGGCCAUGAUGCGAUGCGAGGUGGCCAAUGUGGCCGGCGCCGUCCAGUGGACCAAGGACGGAUUCGCGCUGGGCUUCUCUGCGGUGAUUCCCGGCUAUCCGCGCUACUCCGUGCUGGGCGACCGCAAGCAGGGCAUCUACAACCUGCGCAUCUCGAACGCCUCGAUCAACGACGACGCCGACUACCAGUGCCAGGUGGGUCCGGCGCGGCUGAACAGCGCGAUCCGAGCCAACGCCAAGCUGACCGUCAUAUCUCCGCCAGCCUCGAUCGAGAUCAAAGGUUACAGCCACAAUUCCAAGGUGGAGGUGCGCGAGAACCAGGACCUGCAGCUCAAGUGCAUCGUGGCCAAUGCUAAGCCGGCGGCCCAAAUCGUCUGGUAUCGCGGCAAUGUGGAGUACAAACCAGAAAAACGCGAGGACAACGUGGAGGAGUCAACGGCCAAGCGCUACACCACCACCUCGGUUCUCAAACUGAAGCCCGGACCCGACGACGACUACACGGAGUACACGUGCCAGGCGAAGCACAAGGCCCUGUCCCCGGACAUGCCCAUGCGGGCCACCGUUCAACUGUCCGUGUUGUAUCCCCCGGGACCGCCAUAUAUCGAGGGCUAUUCGCCGGGCGAAACUCUGCGCCGCGGCCAGACGGUGGAGCUCAUGUGCCGGAGUCGCGGCGGCAAUCCGCCUGCCCAGCUCAUCUGGUACAAGAACGGAUCCCAGAUACGCAUGGCCUACAGGACCUCUGGCCGAUUGUCCGAGAACAUCUAUACCUUUACCGCCGAGGCGGGCGACAACAGGGCGCGAUUCCGCUGCGAGGCGAGCAACGUGAUGUCUCAGAAUCCGCUGAAGGCGGAAGUGGAGCUGGCUGUGCUGUUCGCACCCACCCACGUCACCGUAAUGGGACCCACGGAGGCGCGCGUCGGCGAUAUUGUGCCGCUGACAUGCAACACCGCACCAUCGAAUCCGCCCGCCGAGAUCAAGUGGAUGGUGGGCGGACGGCAGGUGCGCAACGCCACCUCAAAGACGAUUGUCAGUCCCGAGGGCGGCUGGACGACCACCUCGAACAUCACCGCCACCGUGGAGCCCAACAAGCGCUCACUGGUCGUCAUCUGUCACGGACUCAACAUGCAGCUGACCGAGAAUGUCGUCUCCACCCACACGAUCAAUGUGCUGUAUCCGCCCGCGCCGCCAUUAAUUUCUGGCUAUAUGGAGGGACAAAUUAUCCCAGCUGGCUCGGUGCAAAAACUGCUUUGCGUUUCAUCAGGCGGCAAUCCGUUGGCGACGCUAACAUGGUACAAAAACGACAAAAGGAUAAACUCGGUCAUACGGGCGGCGGACAAAUCGGUGUCGGCCGAAAUCACCAUUCUGGCCAACGUGUCCGACAACCAGGCCCAGUACCGUUGCGAGGCCUCCAACAGCGCCACUGAAAUCCCGCUCUUCCAGUCCACCACGCUCAGCGUCCACUUUGCCCCGGAGACGGUCAAAAUACGCAUUGAACCGGAAGAACUGCGACCUGGCAUGGAGGCAGCCAUCAUCUGCGACUCCAGCUCCAGCAAUCCGCCGGCAAAGCUGUCCUGGUGGAAGGACGGCAUCCCCAUCGAAGGCAUUAAUAACACGUCCAAGCCGGGUCUCUGGGGCGGCACAGUCUCCACGCUGGAGUUCAGGGUGAACGUCACACAGGAAAUGAACGGCCAGGUCUACACCUGCCAGAGCGCCAACGAAGCUCUCCAGCGCAGCGUCCACGAGGCGGUCAGCCUGGAUGUCCUGUAUCGACCCAAGUUCACGCCGCCUCCCUCGUCGACGGCGGUCGGUGUGGAGGGUGAGUCGCUGCAGGUGCCCCUCCAAACCAAUGCGAAUCCAUCGCCGGUGUCCUAUAAGUGGACCAAGGAUGGGGCCACCAUCCCGCAAGAUGGCGAGCAUCGCAUCUUUGCAGACGGCGGAAGUUUGAAUAUUACCCGCCUGCAUCGGGAUGAUGCGGGAAUCUACUCCUGCACAGCCUCCAACUCGCAGGGAAAGGCCACCCUCAACAUCACGGUGGUGGUGGAAUACGGAACCACCAUCAAGUCGGUGUCGGAGAACAUCAUCGUCAAUCCCGGCGAGGACGCAAUGCUCUCCUGCAGCGUGGAGGGCAAACCGCUGACCGAGGAGCACGUUAAGUGGGAGCGAGUGGGCUACGACAUGACCGUGAAGACAUCGACGACCUUUGCGAACGGCACCUCCUACCUGCACAUCAAGGAUGCGCAGCGGGAUGAUGUGGGCAAUUUCCGGUGCGUGGCCGACAAUCGUGUGGCCAAUCCGACUAACCGCGACAUCCUGCUGAUUGUCAAGUUUGCUCCCGAGAUUGCCAAGGCUCCGACGCUCCUGAGAGCAGCCAGUGGGACAGGCGAACGGGGCCGACUGCCUUGCCGGGCACAGGGGUCGCCCAAGCCGACGUUCAUCUGGCGGCAGGACAAGAAGGACCUGCCCAUCAACCGGACGUACAAGUACGAGGUGGAGGAGCGCAAGAUUGACUCCCUGACCUACGAGUCCUCGCUCAUCGUGGACAAGGUGGCGCCCGCGGACUACGGGGCCUACGAGUGCGUGGCCAGGAACGAUUUGGGCGAGGCGGUGGAGACGGUGCGCCUGGAAAUCACCUCGCAGCCGGACCCACCCCUCAGCCUCACCAUCCUGAACGUCACCCACGACACGGUCACCGUGUCCUGGACGCCGGGCUUCGAUGGUGGCCUCAAGGCCUCAUAUCGCGUGCGCUUCAGGAUGGUCGACCGCGAGCAGUACAAAUACAUCGACGGGCUGCCCAACAGCCACAAGCUGACCAUCGGCGGGCUGCGCAUGAAUACGCUCUAUCUGUUCUCGGUGAUGGCCCACAACGAGCUGGGCCAGAGCUCCUACCUGCCGGAUUUGGCACGGGCCGAGACCAAAGAAGCCCCGCCCCCCUCGCAUCCGGCAUCGUCGCUGGGAGGCGGACCGCCGACCACCAGCCAGACGCCGCUGGGCGGCACAUCUGGCAUGCUCCUGGUGGGCGUGGGCGCCGGCAUCGUCGUGGUCCUGCUCAACGUGUUUGUCAUCGGCUGCUGUCUGCACAAACGGAACGAGAAGCGCCUCAAGCGAGUGGCGGAAACUACAAAUCAACCGGCAAAAACGGCAACCAUCGAGAUGUACGCGCCCAGUUCGUAUAAUGACACCGUUACCGGCGAGACGCUGUCCAGCGUUUCGGAGAAGAGCGAGUCCUACUCCAAUGAGGGCAGCAGCCAGCCGGAAUAUAUUGACGAGGCGCGCAAAAAGGCGGCGUCCACGUAUCUCGUCGAGGGCUCGGAUAUGCCGCCGCCCAGAUAUCAAAAGGAUGGCACCCUGCCAGUCAUAUACCCGAAUAACAUUGUGAAUGCCUGUACUCUGCCGCACCCGAGGCACAAUAAUGGCAGCGCCGCCAUCCACAUGACCCGGGACGAUCAGAUGCUAAUCAGCAAGGGCGUCUAUAUUCCGUCCCCGUCGCCGGCGCCGCCGCCAGAUGGCUCCUACUACAACAUGAACAGCGACAGAUACUUGUCCUAUCCGCCAAUGGAAUACCCAGCAGCCCUGGACUUCACCGCCCAGCCGAUGCCGAUGGCGCACCUGCAGCCCAUGACGGUGACCUCGCUGGCCACCAACGGAGGACCGACGCUCCUUGGCAACGGAUCGGUGGCAGCGGUGGCCGGUGGCUCCGGCACCUUGCGGCGUGGCAUUCUGCGCGGGGUGGUGGGCGUGCAGCAGCAGCAGCAGCCCGAUGUCACCCACCACACGUCGUCGGUCGUCGGCGGCGGCGGCGGUAGUCCGAUGCAGAUGCUCCACGACCUGCACCCGGUGAACCUGAGCGCCUCGACGCUCACCACCAGCACCACGCUGAAUGGCAGUCUGCCGACGGCCACCGCCACGCUGCCCCGCCAGCCGCACGGUAUCCUGAAGGAUCCCAACCGGAACAAGCAGCAUCAGCAGCAACAGCAGCAGCAACAGCAGCUGCUCAACGCCAGCCUGGUGGGCGUGGGCAUGAACAUGGGCGUGAAUGUUCCAGUUUCGGCGCCCAUGGGCAGCCUGCAGAUCCUCAAUCUGCCGACGGCGGGACUGGGCAACAACCUGCUGAUGACCACCAGCGGCGCCUUCGACCCGACGGCGGUGGGCAUGAGCAGCUUCGGCGGAGUUGGCCAACCAAGCGGCAUCCCAGUGGCCUACACCGAUGCGGACGGGCAUCUCGUAUAGCUGUAGGCGGGAACUGGGGCCAUCAGCAGUUGCAGCAACAGCAGCAGCUCCACCACCAUGCGGAUCCUUUCCGGCAGUGAGCCCCGGUUCUGAGCAACCUCCCUAGAUAUCCUAGACUCACCCACACCCUAUCCAGCAUACUCGUAUCUGUAACCAACCUACUCGCAAGGAUGUAGCUAGUUUAGGAGCUUACUCUUCGGCAUCUGGACUCCGAUUCCUUCGGUGGCCCCUGUCCGGCAGCCAC